CUCUAAACACUAAACAAUGGACAGACAGCGAAUGCGGCGGACCCCCGGUGCUGUGGUAGCGAUCAACGUCAGAUACGGUGGGCCCUGCAUUGUCGAUAAGACGGCCGAUCCGAUCACCGCUAACUUGCUGCCAAUUACCCGUCCACCGUUUCCCCUCGUCUACGUGACAACAUGGUACCCAAAGCAUUUCAAGCAGGUUACGCGAACACUACGGGCUUCAGAAAGGUUGUAAAGGCAACUAUAUACAUCAAGAAGAAGGAUGGCAUGUCAGAUGAUGACUUCAUCGAGUAUUACAACAACAACCAUGCUCAGCGAGCAGUUCCCAUUCUUCAGCGCCAUGGCAUACUCAGCUACAGCCUUACAUAUCAUCUAGAGCGAGAUCGCAAAGCUAUACAAGACAUCAUGCACGGCAAAGCCAGACUUAUGGAUUAUGACGCCAUCUGCACCUUUGUCUUUCCCGACUAUCUGGCCCUGGCCAAGUUCAUGUACGAUAAAGAUGGAGCCGCGCUCAACAGCGACCAUGAAAACUUCAUGGACGACAGUCAAAUGAAGAUGAUGGUCGGAGACGAGUACAUGCUGAUCGAAAAUGGGGAUAAAGUCGGAUGACCGAAUUGCAAUCGAAGACGCAGUCUCCAUGGGGUAUCAUUGA